AUGCAUAGACACAAAACUCUAACUCAUUGUGGAAUUCAGACUUUAAUGUCAAGUUUGAGAGAACAUUAUUGGUUAAUUAGAAGUCGCAAAACAAUUCGCAGGGUUCUAAAAUCUUGUAUCACCUGUAAAAGAUUUGAGGCUAAACAUCUCGAGAUACAAGCUGCACCUUUGCUGGAAGACCGUUUAAGGGACUCUGCUACCUUUGAAAUUACUGGUAUUGAUCUUGCAGGUCCUUUGUUUUUAAAAGAUGGAUCCAAAGCUUGGAUUGUUUUAUUUACCUGUGCAGUUUACCGCACAGUACAUCUAGAAUUAGUAACAUCACUUACGAUUGCCAAAUUCCUUCUCUCUUUACGUUGGUUUAUCGCAAGAAGAGGAAGACCUUCUACCAUCUGUACUGAUAGCGGUUCUAAUUUUCAUGGAUCCAAUCAAGCUCCGAGAAGAGUGGAUUGGCAAAAAAUCAAAAGCGACACAUUUGUGUCAAGAAUACAGUGGAAGUUCAUCCCGCUUAGCUCGCCAUGUUGGGGUGGAUUCUGGGAAAGAUUGAUUGGCCUAAUGAAAACCAUCUUAAGAAAAAUCCUCGGCAAGGCUUGCUUAAAAUAUGAAGAGCUUUUAACAAUCCUUUGCAAUUGUGGGAAUGUCAUUAAUUCCAGACCAAUAACUUAUGUUUCUGAAGACCUGGAACUCCAACCACUGACUCCAGCGAUGUUUCUGAGAAACCUUAAAGAAACUGGAGUUUCAGAUAUGGAUCAAAUCAAAUCUUCCAGUUUGCAAAAAAGAUAUAUUUAUAGAUUGAAACUUCGUGAAGAUCUAAGGAAACGGUUUCGGUCUGAGUAUCUUGAUCAGCUUAGAAGAUAUGCGAAAAAAUCACGAAACAGCUACAUCUUUUCCAUAGGAGAUAUCGUUUUAUUAGAAACCAUGGCUAAAAGAAUCAGUUGGCCUCUUGGAAAAGUGGUCGAAUUAAUCAAAGGAAAAGACGGAAUAGUGCGUCUUGUCAAAGUUUGCACUAAGCAAGGAGAACUAGCACCAGUGCGCGUCUCUAAGGAAGAACCAGCACCAGUGCCCGUCUCUCUGAAAGAAUCAGCACCUGUUCCCGUCUCUCAAGAAGUAACAUCGCCAGUGCCUGUCUCUCCGGAAGAUCUAUUACCCACUUCUCAACCUCGGCUAAUCAACCGCUAUGGUCGAACUCUACGCACUCCUCAUCGUUUGGAACUCUAG